AUGGACUCUGUUCUUUCUCGUUUGAAGGAAAAGUUCCGGACAGAGGAGAGGUGCGCAGAGCAGAGCUGCAGUGAUGAUACGCCACAAGGAGCACCUCUACAAGUAGCCCAUCCACCAACGAGGUCACAAAUCGGUCGAGCAGCAUGGCGAUAUCUGCAUACCAUGGCAGCUAAUAUUAAGGGUUAACCCAUUUAAUGGCAGCAUUACAUCCAUUCCUCACUCUUUUUCCAGCAGGAAAGAGGUGAGGGAUGCUCUGAAGAAUGUAAUGCUGCAGCCUUUAAUAAUAGUGGAGACGAUGAACAAGGAGUAGCUCUAGCUGGUGCUGCUGGGUCAUCAUCAUCUUCUAACACUUCUAGCACUUCUUCUUCAAGUUCUUCCUUUACCUCAACCCUAUGGGCUUCAUCAUCAAAGCCGUCUCCCAACAAGGAGUUUUCACCAGAGAAGCAAAAGUCCAUGCAGGACUGGCUCGUGAGCUUUGUGCAGUUCUACCCUUGUAGUCAUUGCGCGGAGAGCUUUAUCGAUGUAAUCGCUGAGAAGCCUCCUGAUUUAACGUCACGGGACUCGUACGUGCGAUGGUGGGCUUGGGCGCACAACAGGGUACGCGAAGAUUUGAGCCAGCCGAUUUCAGUAGAUCCGGACAAGCACUUUUCCGCUAUGUUGACAAGGAAUCAAAAAGGGGAGAACUUUAAUGGGUGAUAUUAACGUAGGACACAAAUGAUGGGCAACCCUUAACCUUGAACCGUGAACCUUGAUGGGCAACAAGCAUGCGGAGUCUUCUUACUGAACAUGGUUCUUCUUCUUACGUUCUUCUUAUCGCAUGCUAUCUGAGAUUCCGUUUUACUAGAU